AUUUUAUAAAGAGGGAGUGCCAGGACAAAGGGCGCGUUCAUUGCCUAGCGCAACAUUUACAUCAAUUCCUAUGACGCUGUAGUUCAUACUUAUGUACAGUCAGAAUAGGUACUGUAUGAAGAUGUUCACACUGCUUCUUGUCAGCGCUGGACUCAUCGCACUUUAUGUACUUCGUAAUUGGUAUCUCAAACGACCAAGAUGCAAAAGCAAUGCCAAGUUGCAUGGGACAACUGUAAUCGUCACUGGAUCUAACACAGGCAUUGGGAAAACAACAGCAAUAGAUCUGUCCAGAAGAGGUGCGAGGGUUAUAAUGGCCUGCCGAGAUAAGCAGAGGGCAGAAGCUGCCAUCAGUGACAUCAAGAAGGAGACUGGGAACAAUGAGGUUGUGUUCAUGGAGCUGGACCUUGGAAGCCUACAGUCUGUGCGAUCUUUUGCUGAGACCUUCCUGAAGUCUGAAUUUAGACUCGAUAUUCUUGUCAACAACGCUGGGCUUAUGAAAGGUGGCAAGACAAAGAAUGGCGUGGGAAUGAUCUUUGGCGUUAAUCACCUCGGCCACUUCCUGUUAACUGUGCUGCUGCUGGACCGUCUGAAGGAAUGCGGUCCGAGUCGAGUGGUGACUGUCGCCUCCAAAGCUCAUGAGUAUGGCAAAAUCGAUUUUAACUGCCUGAGUACCCACAAAGACCUGGCUGUUGGAGAAUCUGACUGGGCUUUGUUUAAGAAGUAUAGUCAUAGCAAGCUGUGUAAUAUGCUCUUCACACACGAGCUUGCCAAAAGACUGGAGGGAACAAAUGUCACCUGCUACAGCUUGUGUCCAGGAGCAGUCAAGACUGAAAUAGGCCGGUAUUCAAGCUCCUUGUGGUGUAUGAUGUUGGCACCUAUCCUUUCGCUCUUCUAUAUGGACGCAGAAUCUGGGGCCCAGACUACACUCUACUGUGCCCUCCAGGAGGGUAUAGAGCCUCUGAGUGGAUGCUACUUCUCCUGCUGUGCAGUACAGAAGGUGAAUGCCGACGCCAAAGAUGACGCUGUGGCUAAAAAAUUGUGGGAAGUCAGUGAGACACUUUGUGGCAUGUCUUAAUGCAAACACAGAGACCCUGCUUUUCACUGUAUUUAUCAGGGCCAAAACCCUGGUGGGACAAUCCUGAAAAUGUGUUGCUUUUCCUGAUAAUUCUUAACAGAGAUGUAUUCAAGUCCAAUUGAAUGCUGGAAAUCUGUUCCAUUCCGUUACUCUUAAGUGUGGCAGUGGGUGAAAAGUCAAAGUUAUACUGAAAAGUUUAAAUCGAUUGAUUGAAUAUUGAAUAAUAAAAAAAAGCUAGGCAUAUCCUCUCCCCUUGUGUCAAGACUGCUACUUAACUAUUCCAGAUAAAACCAUAGGCCUAGGUGAUAUGUCUCUGGGGAAGUGUCUCUGUCCCACCACAGCAUUUUUUGCUCAUGCAUGUAGACUCCAGACUGAGGAGAAAUAAGGAGAAAUCCACACAAUGCGUCUCUAACCACCUCCUGGGUCAGAAUGGCUACAUUUACACAGGGAGCCCAAUUAUUAUUAUUUUCCUACUAAUUUGCCUUUUGAUCAAUCACAUCAGAUCUGAAAGGAUCUGAUGCGAAAAUAUCUGAUGUGAUUGAUCAAAAGACUAAUUUUAGUGGUGGAAAAAGUACUCAAUUGUCAUACUUGAUUAAAACUAAAAAUACCUUUAUAAAAAAUGACUCAAGUGAAAGUCAACCAGUAAAAUACUACUUUAGUAAAAGUCUUUAAGUAUUUGGUUUUAAAUAUACUUAAGUAUCAAGAGUAAAAGUAUAAAUAAUAAAUAAAUAAAAUCCUUAUAUUAAGCAAACCCUUCUGCACCAUUUUUUAUUUUUCAUUUACGGAUAGCCAGAGGCACACUCCAACACUCAGACAUAAUUUACAAACGAAGCAGAUGCUUUGUGAGUCUGCCAGAUCAGAGGGUGUAGAGAUGACCCGAGAUGUUGUUACAGGAAUUAUAUUCCUCUAUGUUUUAAUACCCAAUUCAAAUUAAACACUCUGUCAAUUCCUAAGAAUUUGUAAGACUCUUAUUUGCAUAAAAUGGACAGAGACCAGUCUCAAAAAUCAACCAGCUGCGUUUAUUCUCGAGAGUACUGAACAUGAUACAGUUUACCACAGUACUACCCUGUCUCAUCAACCAGCAGUACAAUGGCUGUAUAGUUCUCAAGCCUUCCCACAUCGUCUCUCCCUAGUAAGAUAAUUUACGACCCAAGCCAAGGUCUGCCUGUGUAGAUAAGCAUUCUAGCCAGUCUGGCUAUAAGUUCAUUCAUUUCUACCAAGGAACAGACAGUCAUUGUCCUAAUUCUUGAUUAUAUUUACACACAUUAUAAUCAGUACUAAGGUUAAAAAGAAAAUUCAUACAUCUAUACAGUAACAUAAUAGUUUUCUGAUUAGUCAGUCCUGAUUGAAAUGUAUACAUAAUUAGUCAUUAUUGAUAAAAAAUCCCUUAACAGAUGUUCUCUUGAUAAGUGUCUGAAUUUCACAGUCCUGCUAAGCAUUAAAAAUGUAACGAGUACUUUUGGGUGUUAAAGGAAAAUGUAUAGAGUAAAAAGUACAUUCUUUAGGAAUGUAGUGAAGUAAAAGUUGUCAAAAAUGUCAAUAGUAAAGAUACCUCAAAAACGACUUAAGUAGUACUUUAAAGUUAUUCUGCCUAACCCUUGUGUGGUGUUCGGGUCUGUGGGACCCAUUUUCAAUAUUUACUAAAAAUAAAAAUAAUACAGUGAAUUAUUUUUUCAACCUGA